GAGUCCCGUGCGCUUUUUCCGCCGGAAGUGAGGCAGGAGAUGCUGGAGGAAACAUGGCCGCUGCUGGGAGCUGUGUUCUGACGGGCUUCAGUUUGGUUUUUAUCUUAUUUCUCGGAGAAGGUGUUGGCAGGUUACACCACCUCGUUUUAAAGGUAACCCUGGCCGGGGAAUCGCCGCUAUCCUGUCGGGGCCGGCCGGAUGAUGUCAGGCAAAAGGUGCAUCUGAACACAUUUGGCUUCUUCAAAGAUGGAUACAUGACUGUCAACAUGAGCAGCCUCACUCUGAAGGGAGAGGACGUUGGGAAGAUCGACAGCUCCACGCUCGGAUUCAGCCUUGACAGAACAAGUAAUGAUGGCUUUUCUACAUACUUGGAUGAAGAUGUAGAUUACUGCAUUCUGAAGAAGCACCCCAGCAAUGAGGUGGCUGUCACUAUGCUUCUGCUGGACUUCGGCAACAGUCUAGUGAGAAUCAAGACCUCAGCAGAGGACAGCAAACUGCCUCACAUUGUGGCUGGACCAUUCAAGGGGAGCCAGGCGGCGGGGGGCAGUACGAGUCAGUCUGUACCCGGGAAAGAGGGCCAGCCAGAGGAGACCGAGAAUGGAACAGAGGGCAAACCAGGAACUGGGGGACAGUCGACUCUCAAACCCACUGAGAAAGCCCUGGAAAAGACCAACAGUAAGCGUGACCUUGAACAGGUGAAGAAAGCUGAAGUAUCAUACUCCCUGCAGAAUAAAGAAGGGGUCUAUUCCUUCCAGUUUCAUUUCAACGUCAGCACAGGUGACCAGCAAGGCUUGUACAGCCUCUACUUCCACAACUGCUACAGCAAGGAGACCAAGAACAACAGGCAGCUCAAGUUCAGCAUUGAGAUUGACAUCGAGGAGAAGAACCCGAGCAGCUUCCUGUCGGCGGGCGAGAUCCCGCUGCCCAAACUCUACCUCUCCAUGGCGCUCUUCUUCUUCAUCAUCGGCACAGUCUGGGUCCACGUCCUCCGCCAGCACAGAAGUGACGUGUUUAAGAUCCACUGGCUCAUGUCUGCUCUGCCCUUCACCAAAUCCCUUUCGCUGGUUUUCCAUGCAAUUGAUUUUUACUACAUCUCCAAUCAGGGGUUCCCAAUCGAAGGAUGGGCGGUCGUCUAUUACAUCACCCACCUGCUGAAGGGAGCACUGCUGUUCAUCACUAUAGCCCUGAUCGGAACGGGCUGGGCUUUCAUUAAGCACAUUCUAUCGGAUAAAGACAAGAAAAUCUUCAUGAUCGUCAUCCCUCUGCAGGUCCUGGCGAACGUGUCUUACAUCAUCAUGGAGUCCACGGAGGAGGGCACUACGGAGUACGGGCUGUGGAAGGAGAUCCUGUUUCUGGUUGACCUGCUCUGCUGUGGAGCCAUCCUCUUCCCCGUGGUUUGGUCGAUAAGACACUUGCAGGAGGCGUCGGCAACAGACGGGAAAGCUGCUAUAAACCUGGUCAAACUGAAGCUGUUCAGGCAUUACUAUGUAAUGAUUGUGUGCUAUAUUUAUUUCACACGGAUCAUUGCGAUUCUCAUCAAAAUCACUGUUCCUUUCCAGUUGAAGUGGCUGUACCAGCUCCUUGAUGAAGUUGCCACUUUCGUAUUCUUCAUCCUGACUGGGUACAAGUUCCGACCAGCCAGCGAUAAUCCCUACCUGCUCCUGCCUCUGGAAGAGGAUGAAGAGCUCGAGAUGGAUGAUGUGGUGACAGCGACAGGCAUGACGGAUGGACUGAAGAAGCUGAAGAAAGUGUCAAACGGCCCGUCGGAGACGAGAGGAGAGCGCGAGAACGUGGCAUGACGGGAGAGGGGUAGCGGGACUGCUGAAUGGGCUGGCCUGGGCGACUAUCUCAGUUCAGGGACUGGACCGGACUGGGAGCCGGAGCUGCAGGAUCAGAGGGUUCAGACUUGAACCUGAAGUUUAUGAACUUUUGGUUUUGUGCCCCCCAGCAGUCUGGAUUAUUCUUUCACUGCUGGCCACAAAACCACAUGUCUCCAAACUCAGCCAACAAUGACACACACAUACACCCUCCAUACUACUCCCAUGCGAGACCAGCCCAUCCCCGAUUUAACACUGUCACUGUUUAUGAUUAUUUAAUAAUGUUUACUGGAGAAUGCACAGCGAUGGCUGCGUUGCUCCAGCUCUGUUGUGCUGGGUGCUGUCAGGCGAAUUUAAAGCAGCAGUCUUGUCAAGCUGCAAGGGUAUUCAAUGGGGGUAUUAUUAAUAAUGAUAAUAUUAGGAGUGAGGGAGCUGUAUAUUUUAUUUAACAAAACGUUUGUUCUGGUACUUCUACUAGUGUAAAUAAUAUAAGCUGCUUGGUUUGUGCUGAAGAGCAUCACAGUCCAACCGUAUCUUGGUGAGAAACCGGAUGGGGGGGUAUGUGCAACAUGUGCAGUUUCCAUUUUCAAACUUGUCUACUGUGUACAGUAUUUUAAUUCUGUUAUACCACGCUAUACCAUGCACUCUGGUGAAACUCAACUUCUUACUCCUUCUACUGCAAAGGCACUGUCAGCUGCAAGCUUUUGUGCUCUGUCGUGUUGUAAUUCAAGCGACAAACUAGGGUCUGAAGACAGGAGGAGGUGUCGUGGUUAAGGAGGGAGAUGGGAAGCAGAGUGGCUGGUGGAUAGUCAGUCGCUCUUCUGCUUUAAAGAGCUACAGGUGUCUGCUUUAAUGGCCAUGGCUGACUAACUCCACAGGGGGGUCUAGUCUGUAAUAGGGGGCUAGUUGGGAUGCAUUAGAGCUUGAUAUUAGAGACUAGCGGGCACAGAGGUCUAGCUGAGGACUGGGCUCAGUAGCUAAGUAGUUGAAGUCAGGACCGCAGGCUUUACGAUCUCUUCUUUAAGCUGCAGAGUCACAUUUUGUCAAAGGCAUUUUCCUUUAGAAAAUAAUGAUGGUAGAAACUAAGUGUGCUUAAAAAACCCAAUCCUUUCCAUAUAUGAAGUUGGAACUGUGUUUUUCCAAAUCACUCGAUCAGUAAAAAUCUGAGUUGAGAGCCAGAUAGAGUUUUUAUUUUUUUUUUUGUUUUGUAAUUCAAAAUAUCAAGGAAUAAUAAUUCAGCUACUAAAUUAUUGUUAAUUGUCAUUAAUUUUUUUUUUUUUUUCAAAUGGAUACAAAAAAUAUCAUACGUAACCGGGCUCACCAAUAAAAAUUAGACGAUAAUCUUUCAUUUUGAACCCACCUCCAAAGUGCAAAGACAGACUUUCACAGACCUUCGUGAAAUAAUGUGUUUUAUGUUUUACUCUUUGUAAAUGCAUUUGGUUUGAUUGUAACUGUUUUAACGGGACACUGUUUAUUUAUUGCUCUGUCGAUGCAGCGUGAUUCUGGACUCAAGCAGCUAGAAACUUGAAUACAGCUGGAUUCUGUUCACUGCUAGAUCUGGAGAAUGGCCUCUCUUCCUUUCCAAUGCAUCUUGUCUUGAGUGCAAUAAAGAUUGAUUUAUGUUUUCUGGG